AUGCUGCUGAUUUUGAUCCUGACAAUGGCUUGUUUCCAUGUUUGUGUGAGCCAAGAUUCUGAUCCCGAGUAUGCAGAUGUGGUGUUUCUGGUGGACAGCUCAGAUCACCUAGGGAUGAAGUCCUUCCUUCUUGUGAGAACUUUCCUUACCAAGCUGAUCAGCAGCCUCCCCAUAGAGGCCGACAAGUACCGUGUGGCCCUGGCCCAGUACAGCGAUGCUCUCCACAACGAGUUCCAGCUGGGCACCUUCAAGAACAGGAACCCCAUGCUAAACCACCUGAAGAAGAACUUCCAGUUCAUCGGUGGGUCCCUGAAGAUAGGGAACGCCCUGCAAGAGGCCCACAGGACCUAUUUCUCUGCCCCCACAAACGGAAGAGACAAGAAACUGUUCCCCCCGAUCCUGGUGGUGCUGGCUUCAUCCGAGUCUGAGGAUGAUGUGGAAGAGGCUUCAAAGGCCCUGAGGGAAAAUGGGGUGAAGAUCAUCUCAGUGGGGGUACAGAAGGCUUCUGAGGAAAACCUGAAGGCCAUGGCCACAUCCCAGUUCCAUUUCAACCUCAGGACGGUCAGAGACCUCAGUGCAUUUGCCCCAAACAUGACAGAGAUCAUCAAGGACGUAACUAAGUAUAAGGAAGGAAUGGCUGAUGACAUUACCGUAGAAGCUUGCCAAGGCCCUUCUGUGGCUGAUGUCGUGUUUCUGUUGGACAUGGCCAUUAAUGGCAGCCAGGAGAACCUUGACCAUCUGAAAGCAUUCCUGGAGGAAAGUGUCUCUGCCCUUGACAUUAAGGAAAAUUGCAUGAGGGUAGGCCUCGUGGCCUACAGCAAUGAGACGAGGGUGAUCAAUUCGCUGAGCAAGGGUAUCAAUAAGACAGAGAUCUUGCAGCACAUACAGGACCUGUCUCCCCGCACAGGGCAGGCCUACACUGGGAAUGCCCUCAGAAAGACCAGGAAGGAAGUCUUCAGCACACAGAGGGGCAGUCGGAAGAACCAAGGGGUGCCUCAGAUUGCCGUACUGGUGACCCACAGAGCGUCAGAGGACAACGUGACCAAGGCAGCUGUCAACCUCCGGCGUGAGGGAGUGACCAUCUUUACCAUGGGCAUAGAAGGGGCCAGCCAAGAUCAACUGGAGAAGAUUGCAUCCCACCCCGCAGAGCAGUUCGCCUCCAAACUGAGCAACUUCUCCGAGCUGGCCACCCACAACCAGACGUUCCUGAAGAAGCUGCGGAACCAAAUCACACACACGGUCUCUGUCCUCUCAGAGCGGACUGAAACCCUCAAAUCUGCCUGUGUGGACACAGAAGAAGCGGAUAUCUAUCUGCUCAUUGAUGGUUCAGGGAACACCCAGCCCACAGACUUCCAUGAAAUGAAGACCUUCCUGUCAGACGUGGUGGCCAUGUUCAACAUUGCUCCCCACAAGGUACGGGUCGGAGCCGUGCAGUACGCCGACACCUGGGACUUGGAAUUUGAGAUCAGUAAAUACACCAGCAAGCCUGACUUGGGAAAAGCCAUUGAGAACAUCAGGCAGAUGGGCGGGAACACCAACACAGGUGCAGCCCUGAACUUCACCCUGAAGCUGUUGCAGAAAGCCAAGAAGCAGCGAGGAAACAAAGUGCCAUGUCACCUUGUCAUUCUGACGAAUGGCAUGUCCCAGGAUAGUGUCCUGGAACCUGCGCACAGGCUGAGAGAGGAAAACAUCCGAGUCCAUGCUAUCGGAGUAAAGGAAGCCAACCAAACACAGCUGCGGGAGAUAGCAGGAGAGGAAAAGCGAGUUUACUACGUGCAUGAGUUCGAUGCCCUGAGGGACAUAAGGAACGAGGUGGUUCAAGAGAUCUGUGCUGAAGAAGCCUGCAGAGACAUGAAAGCAGACAUCAUGUUUCUGGUGGACAGUUCUGGCAGCAUAGGACCUGAAAACUUCAGCAAGAUGAAGACGUUUAUGAAGAACCUGGUGAGCAAAUCCCAGAUUGGGGCGGACCGGGUGCAAAUUGGUGUGGUCCAGUUCAGCCACGAAAACAAGGAGGAGUUCCAGCUCAACACGUUCAUGACCCAAAGUGACAUUUCCAGUGCCAUCGACCAAAUGACUCACAUUGGAGAAACAACAUUGACAGGCAGUGCCCUGAGCUUUGUGUCCCAGUACUUCAGCCCCAGCAAGGGGGCCCGGCCCAAUGUCAGAAAGUUCCUCAUUCUCAUCACGGACGGUGAGGCUCAGGACCUAGUUAGGGAACCAGCAGCGGCACUUCGGAGAGACGGCGUGAUUAUCUACUCAGUGGGCGUAUUUGGCUCCAACGUCACCCAGCUCGAGGAGAUCAGUGGGAAACAAGAGAUGGUUUUCUAUGUUGAGAACUUUGACAUUCUGCAGCAUAUUGAAGAUGACCUUGUUCUGGGAAUCUGCAGUCCCCGUGAAGAAUGCAAACGGAUUGAAGUUUUGGAUGUUGUGUUUGUCAUCGAUAGCUCUGGUAGCAUUGACUAUCAAGAAUACAACAUCAUGAAGGACUUUAUGAUCGGCCUGGUAAGAAAAGCUGACGUGGGUAAAAAUCAGGUCCGGUUUGGAGCUCUCAAGUAUGCUGAUAACCCGGAAGUGCUGUUUUAUCUGGGUGACCUAGGCACAAAGUUGGAGGUGAUUUCAGCGCUCCAGAAUGACCAGCCCAUGGGGGGCAACACUUACACUGCUGAGGCCCUGGCCUUCUCCGAUCACAUGUUCACUGAAGCCCGGGGCAGCCGUCUGCACAAGGGGGUCCCCCAAGUCCUUAUUGUGAUCACCGAUGGAGAAUCUCAUGAUGCAGAGAAACUCAAUGCCACCGCCAAGGCCCUGAGGGACAAAGGCAUUCUUGUCCUGGCAGUGGGGAUUGCUGGUGCCAAUAGCUGGGAGCUGUUAGCCAUGGCAGGCUCAAGUGACAAGUACUACUUCGUAGAGACGUUUGGAGGCCUAAAAGGGAUAUUUUCCGACGUAUCAGCCAGUGUCUGUAACUCUUCAAAAGUCGAUUGUGAAAUCGAAAAGGUUGACCUCGUUUUCCUCAUGGAUGGGUCAAACAGCAUCCAUCCAAAUGACUUCCAGAAGAUGAAGGAGUUUCUGGCAUCAGUUGUUCAAGACUUUGAUGUCAGCCUCAACCGAGUGCGCAUAGGAGUGGCCCAGUUCAGCGACAGCUACAGAUCGGAGUUUCUGCUGGGGGCGUUCACGGGGGAGAAGGAGAUCUCCUCCGAGAUUGAGAGCAUUCAGCAGAUCUUUGGAUACACCCGAAUCGGAGACGCACUCAGGAAGGUGAGGCACUACUUCCGGCCAGACACGGGCAGCAGGAUCAACGCAGGGACCCCUCAGGUGCUGUUGGUCCUCACAGAUGGCCGGUCCCAAGACGAGGUGGCUCAGGCCGCUGAGGAGCUGAGACACAAAGGUGUGGACAUCUACUCAGUGGGCAUUGGUGACGUGGACGACCAGCAGCUGAUCCAGAUCACAGGGACAGCAGAGAAGAAACUGACGGUGCAUAACUUCGACGAGCUGAAGAAGGUGAAGAAGAGGAUCGUUCGCAACAUCUGUACCUCAGGCGGUGAGAGCAAUUGUUUUGUGGAUGUGGUUGUUGGAUUUGAUAUCUCAAGUCAGCAGAGGGGGCAGACUUUGCUCGAAGGUCAGCCUUGGAUGGAGGCCUACCUCCAAGACAUCUUAAGGGCCAUCAGCUCCCUCAACGGGGUGAGCUGCGAGGUAGGCACCGAGACUCAGGUGAGCAUCGCUUUUCAAGUGACAAACGCUGUGGAAAGAUACCCCUCCAAGUUUGAGAUCUACAGCGACAACAUACUGAGCAGCCUGCAAGGUGUGACAGUGAACGGGCCGUCCCGCCUCAACACAAACCUGCUGAGCUCUCUGUGGGACACUUUCCAGAAUAAGUCCGCCGCCCGAGGGAAGGUGGUCCUUCUGUUUUCAGACGGCAUGGAUGAUGAUACUGAAAAACUGGAACAGAAAUCCGAUGAACUCAGAAAGGAAGGCCUGAAUGCCCUCAUAACCAUUGCUGUGGACGGAGCUGCCGAUACCAGUGACCUGGCUGACCUUCUCUACAUUGAAUUUGGGAAAGGAUUUGAGUACAGAACCCAGUUCACAAUUGGUAUGAGGAACCUUGGGAGCCAGCUGUCAAAGCAACUAAUCAAUGUUGCAGAAAGGACCUGCUGCUGUUUGCUCUGCAAGUGCACAGGAGGAGACGGCACCAUGGGGGAUCCGGGCUCAGCAGGGAGAAAGGGACCCCCAGGUUUUAAAGGCAGUGAUGGCUACCUGGGAGAAGAGGGCAUUGCUGGAGAGAGAGGAGCCUCUGGACCAAUGGGAGAACAAGGUACUAAAGGAUGCUUUGGCAGCAAGGGGCCUAAGGGAGCCAGAGGACUCAGUGGAGAAAAGGGAGAAGUCGGGGAGAAUGGCAUUGCCGGACUGAACGGAGAACAGGGUGACAGUGGGAUUCCUGGAAGAAGAGGAGAAAAGGGUGAUGAGGGAUCUCAGGGAAGUCCAGGCAAGAGAGGGACUGCUGGUGACCGUGGAGCAAAGGGCCUGCGAGGAGAUCCAGGGAUUCCUGGACUUGAUAAUGACAUACAAGGACCCAAGGGCUUGAAAGGAGACCGUGGAAGACAAGGUAGAAGAGGCUGGCCAGGCUCUCCUGGGACACCAGGCUCCAGAAGAAGGACGGCAAUUCAUGGCCGAAGGGGACAUACAGGCCCACAGGGCAAUCCAGGCAUCACAGGCCCAGAUGGACUUGAAGGUUCACCCGGACUUAAGGGCCCUCAGGGCCUGAGAGGAAAGACUGGUGAGAAAGGAGAAAGAGGAUUUCUGGGAAUGAAAGGUCCCCAGGGGCCUCCAGGACCAGGAGGACAAGUGGGGAAUCAAGGCCACUUGGGAAGCCAAGGAAAUAAAGGAGAACCUGGGGACCCAGGGGACAAGGGAGCUGCUGGUUUUCCAGGUCCUCGGGGCCUACAGGGUGAUGAUGGCAGCCCGGGAUAUGGGAGCAUUGGCCGCAAAGGGACAAAGGGGCAAGAAGGAUUCCCUGGAGAAAUUGGACCAAAGGGUGAGACUGGGGAUCCUGGGGAUCCAGGACAGGCUGGUCCCAAGGGAGCCAGAGGUAGAAUGGUUCCUGCUGGGCAGCCAGGAGAUCCAGGAUCCCCUGGGGAGCCAGGACCCCCUGGACGGAAGGGUAUAAAAGGGGCCCAAGGAGUGGCUUCAUUUUCUACAUGUGACCUCAUUCAGUACGUGAGGGACCACAGUCGUAAAAGACACAAAAAACCUGAGUGCCCAGUGCAUCCAACUGAGUUGGUGUUUGUCCUGGACCAGUCCCGGGACGUCACGGAGCAGGACUUUGAACGGAUGAAGGGGAUGAUGGUUUCCCUAGUUAGGGAUGUCAAGGUCAGGGAGACCAGCUGCCCUGUGGGUGCACGUGUUGCCAUCCUCUCCUAUAACUCCCACACCAGGCACAUCAUCCGCUUCUCAGACACCUACAGGAAGGACCAGCUGCUCAGGGAAAUUGAAGCUCUUCCUUAUGAGAGAUCCUCUGACAGCAGGGAUAUUGGCAAAGCCAUGAGGUUCAUCUCCAGGAAUGUCUUCAAGCGAACCCUGCCAGGGGCUCACGUGAGGAAAAUCGCCACGUUUUUCAGCAGCGGUCAGUCGGCCGAUGCCCAGUCCAUCACCACGGCUGCCAUGGAGUUCAGUGCCCUGGACAUUGUGCCAGUGGUGAUUGCAUUCAGCAAUGUGCCCUCCAUCAAGCGUGCCUUUUCGAUUGAUGACACGGGCACAUUCCAAGUCGUCGUGGUUCCCUCCGGGACUGACGCAGCGCCAGCGCUAGAGCAACUCCAGCGGUGUACUUUCUGCUAUGACCCAUGCAAGCCGGAUGCUGCUUGUGACCAAGGCAAACCACCCCCGGCACAGUCCUACCUGGAUGCUGCCAUCAUGCUGGACGGCUCCCGGCACGUGGGGAGCGCAGAAUUCGAAGACAUGAGAGACUUCCUGGAAGCACUGCUAGAUCACUUCGAGGUCACUCCCGAGCCAGAGACAUCUGUCACUGGAGACAGGGUGGCCCUACUGAGCCAUGCUCCCCCCAACUUCCUACCCCACAGCCAGAGGAGUCCAGUUAGAAGUGAGUUCAACCUAACCACCUACGGCAGCAAGCGCCUCAUGAAGAGGCACGUGGAGCAAGCAGUGCAGCAGCUGAACGGAGACACUUUCCCUGGCCACGCCCUCGGGUGGGCUCUGGACAAUGUCUUUUUAAACACACCCAACCUGAGGAGAAACAAAGUCAUAUUUGUGAUAUCGGCUGGGGAAACCAGCCACCUGGACGGGGACACCUUAAAGAAAGAGUCCCUACGAGCCAAAUGCCAGGGCUAUGCCCUCUUUGUGUUUUCCUUGGGCCCUGACUGGAAUGACAAGGAACUGGAGGACCUGGCCAGCCACCCUGUGGACCAGCACUUGAUUCAGCUUGGCCGGAUUCAUAAACCUGACCAUGGAUAUGGUGUGAAGUUUGUGAAGUCCUUUAUAAACUCCGUCAGGCGUGGGAUGAACAAGUACCCGCCUGUCAACUUCAAAGCCAAAUGCAGCAGACUCAGCCCUCCAGAUUCGAAGCUACGCUCACACCAGUUUCAAAGCUAUGUCUCAGAACCACAGAGAGCUAUCCUCAAAGAGCACGCAUCGGAGGCAGCAAAGCUCUUUCAAGAUAAAAAACGUCUUUCAAGUGCACUGAGACGGGGCCGAGAUGCUAUUUCAAGUCUUUCCAGGAGCAGAUUCUAUACCUUUAAACACGGGAAAGGGGUGACCAAAGCUACGUUUGCACAUGGCAAAUGAAGUGAUCGAAAAGCCUUGGGGAUUUAGCCAUGGUCUGACUCUGAACCAAACCCACUCCUGAAC